AUGGCACAACCUGUUGCUUUCCUCAUCGGCGGCGGUCCACGUAUCGGCCACGCCGUCGCCGUCGCCCUCGUCAAGCAGGGCUACCGCGUCGCCCUGGGCCGCCGCAACACGGCCGCAUCGGCGGGUCUGGAGGGUGUGACGCCCGUGGCCGUGGACGUAUCCGACCCGUCGUCCGUGGAGACUGCGUUUGCAGAAGUUCAGUCUCGAUUUGGCGUUCCUAAAGUCGUGGUGUAUAACGCCGCGGCUCUCACAUUUCCGCCAGAGCAGGGCGAUCCGCUCAGCGUGCAGCCUGGUGCGUUUACGCGAGACACGGCCGUCAAUGUGACGAGCGCGUAUGCCGCGCUGCACCACGCGACCCGUGCGUGGAAGAAGCAGCGCGAAGACGGCGGCCGCGCAGGAGGCGUCUUCAUCGCGACGGGCAACGUGACGCCGUUCAUCCCCAACCCGUUCGCGACGACGCUGGGCGCGGGCAAGGCGGCGCUCGUGCACCUCGUUGGGCUUGCGGCCCGGGAGUACAAGGACGCGGGCGACCGAUUCUAUUUUGUGUCGCAGGUGACGGACGAGGGUGGCCCUGUUCGUUACGAAGGGGUAAAGGCAGAGGCACAUGGGCAGGUGUACACCGAGCUCGUCCAGCGUGGACCACAUGGAGGCGAUGAUGGGGACUGGGAUGUGAGAUUUGUGGUUGGCAAAGACGGCGAGGUGUCGUAUCAGAAGAAGUGAGUCGGAGUCAAGCCCCUAUGUUGUGAACUCUAG